AUGCUAUUUUUUCUUUUAUUUCUGAACCUACUGGUUUUGACGUACUCUGAAGAAGUUCACGAGCUUCGGUCAGAAUGUUUGAAUGAAGCACAACUUAUGGAUACGUUGAUCAGGAAACGGGACUACAGUAAACAUAAAUUGCCACACAAGAAUGGAAUCACAGUCAGUGUUGAAUUUUGGAUUCAGGAGAUCAAUUCAAUCUCCGAAAUGACGAAUGAUUUUGAGUUGGAAAUGUUCAUCAAUGAGAUGUGGACGGAUCCCAAUUUGAGGUUGUGGACACCGAAUACAUGUUUCGUCAACUCGAAAUUCGCGGAAAUCUAUGAGUCGCCAUUUCAAAAUGUCUUCCUCACACUAUUCGAUAACGGAACUGUUUGGGUGAAUUAUGACUAUCCAGCUGGCUACUGGGAUGAAUUAGUCGUGACAUUCGUAUUCGAACGUCGUUACAUGUGGUACUUUCUGCAAGCGUACCUUCCUACAUUUUUCUCAAUUUUCAUCAGUUGGAUUGCCUUCUCUCUCGGACCCCAAGCAAUAACUCCACGUACUAUGAUCGGAGUGAAUGCGUUGCUCUCAAUGAUAUUUCAUUUCGGUUCCAUCAUGAAAAACUUACCAAGAGUAUCCUAUAUCAAAGCGAUUGAUGUGUGGAUGCUGAGCUCGAUGACAUUUGUCUUUCUGUCACUAAUUGAAUUGGCUAUUGUUGGAUACAAGCUUCAAAUGCAACGAGAGAAAGAACAUGUCAUUGAGAGAGUUGACCGCAUUGCGAGAUUCGCAUUUCCAGCUGGUUUCAGUAUUUUCAAUAUAAUCUACUGGGCUCGAUACGGUUUCAAAGUUGGAUAA